UGCCGUGCUGUGCGCCGUGCGGUAGAUGGGCUCGGGGGCCGAGCUGAUUUUGAACCGUUUCUUAUAAGAACGAAGCAUGGCUGGCAUAGGAGAGGCUGCAGAACGCCGGCUGGGCAGGCCGAGGCUUUGUGUUCUGGUUUCUGCUGGGCAUUGUGUCCAGCGCUGUGCCCGCGGAUGGCGACGGUUUGAUCACCAGCUCGAGCACAAAAACCAGCUGUGGAUUAAUGGGGUGAGGCCAGCUGCACGAAUAUUAACAAGAUGAGGUGCUGGGAUAGUUUAGUGUGGGAAGAGGAGGCUUAGGGGAGACCUCUCUGCUUUCUGCAGCUGCAUGAAAGGAGGUUAUUGUAAUGAGGUAGGGGAUCGGCCCUUUCUACAUAACAGCAGUAGCACAGGAGGUAAUGGCCUCAAGUUGCGCCAGGAGAGGUUCAGGUUGGAUACUGGGAAACCUUUCUUCUCAGAAACAGUGGUGAGGCAUUGGCACUGCGAGGUGAUAGGGUCAGCAUCCCUGGUGGUGGUCAAGAUAUGUGGAGCUGUGAUGCUGAGCAACUGAUAAGGUGGGAUAGGGCCAAUGGCUGAACUAGAUGACCUUAGAGGUCUUUUCCAACCUGGAUGAUUCUUUGAUGUUAUUAUACAGCUGGACUUGGGGUUCUUGUGCAUUUUACACAACUGUCAAGAGUUCAAGAAGCACCUGAACAAUGCUUUCAGACAUAGGGUUUGGACUUCAGGUGGUUCUGUGUGGACCCAGGAGUUGGAUGUAAUGAUGUUUAUGGAUCCCCUUCAACUCUAGAUAUUCUAUGAUUCUGUUUCUCAGGGGGAAAAAAAUUGAUGCCAGCCAAGAAGCCAAGUCAGUGUACUGCGUGUCAGAGGUCUGUAUGCUUUGCUCAGUAGGAUAUCAUCUCUUCUGUUGUCAUCGCUCAGAGAAGACCAGCCGACGAUGGAUGGCAUUAGAUUACGCAGGAAUUUCCAUUGGUAUCCUAGGCUGCUACGUAUCAGGCGUGUUUUAUGCAUUUUAUUGUAGUAAAUACUGGCGUCAGGUGUACUUAAUCACUGUGCUGGCAAUGAUCUUGGCAGUAUUUUUUGUUCAGAUUCAUCCCAAUUACCUCACACAGCAGUGGCGCAGGCUGCGCUCCAUCAUCUUUUGCUCAGUGUCUGGAUACGGCAUUAUUCCUACUAUCCACUGGGUUUCACUCAACGGUGGCAUUGGUGCAGCUAUUGUACAGGAGUUUGCUCCACGUGUGGUUGUCAUGUAUUUCAUUGCUGCUGUAGCAUUUCUCUUCUAUAUUUCCAAAGUUCCAGAAAGAUACUUUCCAGGACAGCUCAACUACCUCGGCUCUAGUCACCAAAUAUGGCACAUCCUUGCAGUAGUGAUGUUGUACUGGUGGCACCAGUCUGCAGUGUACAUCAUGCAGUACCGACACAGCAAGCCCUGUCCUGAGCAUAGCGUGGACUUGUGAGUGAAGAGGCACUGCAAUGAAACUUCUGACUACAGGAGCCUGAACCUUACAAAUAUGCAGAACCAUGAAAGUAAGCACUAAGGCAGUUCCUUUCCAACUUCUGGACUGUUACCCUACUCACUGAGAUGAUACAUUAACAGGAAUGCUGGGGGAAAAAGCAGCAUUGCCUGGAUCUCAAUAUCUCAACAUCUGAACAUCUCCUGAACACCUCCAGGGUCAGUGACUCCACCACCUCUCUGGGCAGCCCAUUCCAGCACCUGACCACUGUCUCAGAGAAGAAGUAUUUCCUAACAUCCAACCUGAAUCUCCCCUGGCACAACUUGAGGCCGUUCUCUCUGAGAUCUGAGAUUCAUUUCCUUCUCAUCAUUUCCUGCUCUGCAAUCAAGUACAAAGCAGGUCUUUCUUAGAGUGGGACAACAAAAAGGUGGGCUGUAGAACUAAGCAUUUGGAGCACUGCAUUAUUUUCCUGCUUCGUAAAUACAAACAACAGAAUUGCAUACCAUUGCUAAGCUAGCAGGCCCAUAUGCCAUGUCUUCAGGUUUUGUUGCAGUACAGAACAAAAGGACACACUCCCAGGAGUAGAGUGCUUUUAGAACUCUGAUUAACUGAGUGGCUGGUCUUGGCUCUAAACUGCAUUGGUACAGGGUGCUGCAUCCUUCAGAAUCAUUGUCUAAGUGAUGUGUGUACACUUCAACAUCAGGACAGUAAUGUGUAAUGUCAAAUUCAGUGGAGUAUUGUACUUUUCUAGUUGUUUCCCUUUUUCUGGGAGAUGGAUGUUAUCUACCAUAUCUAUCUUGAUUUCAAAUCUUAAAUUGUGUCCUCAAGUAUAGGUGGUGCCAUUACUUCAACAAAUCUCUCUGCACCACUCUGGUGCUUCUGAAUAGUGUUCUGAAAUAUUUCAGGAGUAGUCUUACACUUGCUGUUACCCUGGAAUUAGUAGAAGUGCAAAGGAUUUUUUUUUGUAAGUUACAUGUUCUUUUAGUAGGUGUAAUUAACAAGCCCAGAGUAGUAAGACUGCUAUGACUUCAAGCCACUGAACUUCGGCCUUUUAAUGACUCCUGCUGUACUUCCAACACUUCAUUAGCUGAAGUGAUUUAUUGCCAUUUGCUUUCUGCAGUAAAGACAACCUUGGGUUUUUAUAGUCUGCAGUUAAACCAUGUCUUGGUUUAAUGCCAACACUAAAGAGACACGAGCUAUGCAGGUUGUUAGAUACCUGGUGCUCAGCAUGAAGCUCAGUGGGUGCCAGCCUAGAGGCUGGCAGGGUGCUGUUCGGUCCCACCGAAGUUGCCUCUGUCCUGGGCAAAACAUUCCCAGCUCCCCUCAGCCUUCUACACAGGGAACGUGCCAAGGGAACAGUGAUAGUCAUUUACUGACAAGUAUUUACCUUGUACCAGGCAUGGAGGAGGCAGGACCCUUCCUCUUCUGCUGGUACGCUGGAGAGCAACGCUGUCACCAAAUCCUCACUGAGCUUAAGUGAUUUUUUUCUUCCCAGCUCCAGAAACAGUUAUUGGAAAGAACUAAAUGCAUUUGAAGUUCAAAUCCCAGUCUUCUGAGCCUUCCAGUAUAAACACUGAUUAUUUAUUUUUUUUUAAAAAACUUGACAGUAAAGCAAAUUUGAAGUGCACUAAUGACUGCUGCUAAAGUGUGACAAGGAUCCUGCAAUUGUUAAAGCUUGUUUUCAGUGUUACAUUGUGAAUACACAAGUGAAUAAUAACAUUUGAGGAAUCUGUGACUGUGUACUGAAAACAUACUUAUUUUACAAUUUGCUAAUUUUUUUUUUCCAAACUUACUACUGUAGCAGUUUUCACUGGAUAAGAAAAGAUUGUUAAGUUGUACGUUUUUAUUAUCCUGACAAAAUUUAUUAAACUGCAUGAUGGCCUUUUCUGUAAAUACUGAGCCUGUAAAUAAAUUUUGGUUCAUUGGA